GAGUUUAUUCUGUAUACUCCUUGCGUCAGGACUAUUUCGUUUGAUUUAACUCCUUUUUAUUCAACUUUACUUCGACCAAGGAGUCUUGGUUGCGGCCGUGUAAACCCGCUGCCUCCGAAAAUAGGACAUCCAGCUCAUAAACCCAACCCGGCCAGAGUCAUGUUGCCACCCAUCCCAGUACUGGCUGACUAUGGAAUCUCUCCAACGCAUGGCUUCCUACCGGAAGUGCUACCGUUGACGAGGCUCCCGGAUCCGUACUACAACAAGUGGGAGGCCAUUGCUGCCAACCUCCAGGCUCUGAUUCUCAGCAAGCGACUGAGAGGCGUCGUCGACCGUCUCCCUGUGCUCUCCACCAUCGGUCUGGAACACGACGCAGAAUGGCGCAGAGCCUACUCGCUGCUGUCCUUCAUGGCCCACGGCUAUAUCUGGGCCGGUGACAGUCCCAGUGAUCGCCUGCCACCUCCCAUAGCGGUCCCGCUGCUGAAGGUGUCCCAACGCCUUGAGGUGCCGCCCGUCGCCACCUACGCAGCCGUCUGUCUGUGGAACUUCAAGCCUCUGUUCGUGGACGAGGAUAUCGACAACCUCGAGAACCUCGCCACUCUGAACACGUUCACCGGCUCCAUUGACGAGUCCUGGUUCUACCUGGUCUCGGUCGCCAUGGAGGCCCGCGGAGCUCCCAUAAUCCCGCUGAUGCUCACUGCCAUCGCCGCAGCGAGAGACAAUGAUGCUCACACCGUCACCCGGUGCCUUCGCACUUUUGCUGAACGCCUGGACGACCUUGGCUCCUUGCUGCAACGCAUGCACGAGAGUUGCGACCCCGUCAUCUUCUAUAACCGCAUCCGGCCCUUCUUGGCCGGGAGCAAGAACAUGGCCGACGCUGGGCUGCCACUCGGCGUCAUCUACGAGGAUGGUUCCGGCACCGAGACCUACCGUCAGUAUUCUGGCGGCAGCAAUGCCCAGAGCAGCAUCUUCCAGUUCUUCGACAUCGCUCUAGGCAUCGAGCACCGGCCCACUGGCGAGAAGCGUGGUCGUGCGGAUGAGUCGGAGCGGGAGGGCCAUGCUGCGCCACCCAAGCACAACUUCAUCAUGGACAUGCGCCGGUACAUGCCCGGCCCGCACGCUCGUUUCCUUGGCGACAUCCAAACCGUAUCGAACAUCCGUGGGUUUGUCGAGAGCCGCCACAAGGAUACCCAGCUCCACAUUGCCUACGAUGCCUGCCUUUCCAUGCUGCGUGUCCUCCGUGACAAGCACAUCGCCAUCGUGACGCGCUACAUCGUCGUCCCGAGCCGCGAGGUUCGUGCUCGCAGCCGCAGCCCGGAAGCCACCCGCCGCAAGCUCAACCUUGCGACGGCGUCCCGCCAAACUCGGCCAAAGCCGUCCACGGUGGGCAUUGCUUUCUCGCCCGAAGAAGGGGCCCGGGGCGACGGGAAGGGCGAGAGCCUCAAGGGCACGGGUGGCACUGCCCUCAUCUCGUUCCUCAAGCAGGCACGCGACGAGACGGGAGAGCCGGCCGUCGAGGAGUGGGCGCAGCGUUUCAUGAGCAGGCAAGGUCGGCCCGAGGGGAGGAAUGACUUCUUCCUAGGCAAGCCGGAGCAGCCUGUUGCUCCGGAGGUCGGGAUCGAGACCGAGGAGGUCGAGGUUGCUGGCUUGGCUGGCACGUGGACGAUGGAUGAUGAUGUCGGUGGCAUCUGCAACUACUAGCUGCGGGGUGGGAGCGUGUUUGCUUUCUUGCCCCUCCCGUCUGGUCCUGCCCAGUCCCCCACGCUCAUUGUUCAGUUUGGAAACCAUUUAUUGCAGUUAAGCUCGUAAUAGCAUCAUGCUAUCCCGAUUCGUGGCAUAGCUGAGAGGGUC